UAGAUAUAAACCUAUACCUGCAUUUGCUCUGUCUUCACUUUCUCUGCUCUACCUGCAAAUCAUUUCUUUGUUUCUCUUGAAUUUCUUUGUUUCUUCACUGUCUCUCUCUCUCUCUCUUUGUUCAACAAAUUUCUCUUCUCUGAUCAAACUUUCCGCUGAAUUAAGCAAGCCCUAAGAUCGAGACCCACAUCGAUCAAAAACCCUAAUCGAGAUCGAUCAAUCAUGAAGCGGAAGCGAGCCUCUGCUAUGGCUUCCUCCUCAUCGUCGUCUACCGUGAAACCCUCACGCUUCCCUGAAGAAGAAUCAGUCCGGUGUUGGGAGAGCGAAACGGCGUCGUCAAACAGAACCCGACCCCAAAUCCAAUCCAGAUCAAGAAAAGGAUCGAAGACAAGAAACAUCAAUGAUGUCUUAAAAGAUGAAAGAUCCAAGAUUUCUGGGAUCAACCGGAUUUUGGGGACACCCAUUCCCGUGAGCAAUAACCUGACAUGGAGGCUUUUGAAAUCUCACAUGCGAAUUGAAUCUUAUUACUGCACCAAGCUCCACUCCGCUCUCAAUGCCAUCCACGAGUGUUUCGAGCCUUCCAAAGACCCCUACACCAACAGAGACAUUGCUGAGGACAUUGUCUUCGACUUGGAAUCCGAUUCUGAGUUGAACUUGAGAGGGUUUUACACUGUGGUUUUGGAGAGGAGAGAUGAUCAUGAUGGUCAUGAGGAGAUGAUCGGUGCCGCCACGGUGAGGAUCAAUAAGGGAGUGGCUGAAGUGCCCCUCGUGGCGACUAGGCCUCUGUUUAGGAGACUUGGGAUGUGCAGGAUUUUGAUGAAUGAGCUCGAAAAUCGGCUCAUGGAAUUCGGCAUUGAGAGAUAGUAUAACCUGAUAUCUGCUUUGGCGGAAUGUGUUCAUGAGUCUUUGUAGAAUUAACAUUCACAAUGGUAGGGAUGUUGCAUAUAUGUUCCAUUGAACCCAUUUUUUGAACAAGAAUGUGUGCAAAUCCUUUUUCUGUUCCUUAGACACUCGGAUUUGAGAUAUUUUGUGACAUGCCAACGUUCAUGCUUAAUGCUGCAUUACUUUUACAUUACUUUCACAAUAGAAACCUUUGUUUUCACAAGUUGAUAAGCUGUAGUUCAUUUCGGCUAAAUAGAUGUCUAUUAUAGUCAAUCCCUUUGUUAGUUAGAAGCAGGUGACUUGUUAAAGGUUCAAUUGGUUGCAGAUAGUGUAACCUGAUAUCUGUUUUGGCGGAAUGUGUUCAUGAGUCUUUGUAGAAUUUACGUUCACAAUGGUAGGGAUGUUGCAUAUAUGUUCCACUGAACCCAGAUCUUGAAUAAGAAUGUAUGCAAUCAUUUUUAUGUUCCUUAGACACUCGGAUUUGAGAUAUUUUUGAGAUGUCAACGUCCAUGCUUAAUGCUGCAUUACUUUUACAUCACUUUCUGAUAUAGACCAUUGACACGGGACUACCUUAGGUUCUGUUAUCGAAAACUAGCUAGUUGGUAAGAGUUUGCUUUACAUCUUAUUAUUCAAAACAGGACUUACUACAAAACAAUAGGAACCUCUGUUUUCACAAGUUGAUAAGCUGUAGUUCGUUUUGGCUAAAUAGAUCAAUCCCUUUGGUUCUUUGAGUGAAAAGUCCAACUCCUCUUUUCUCAGUAGAUAUAAUAUUUUAUUGUGUUUUGUUUUUUUUUUUUCCUUGGAAGUUUAGUACUCAAUAAUUGCUUUGAAAUUCCUGUUACUUUUCUAACUUUUCAUGAUUUUGUGUUUUCUCUUUUGGCAGAAUGUGUUCAUGAAGUCUUUGUAGAAUUGACAUUCAUAAUGGUUGGGAUGUUACGUAUAUGUUUCAUUGAACCCAUAUUUUGAACAAGAAUGUGUGCAAGUCCUUUUUAUGUUCAUUGGACACUCGGAUUUGAGAUAUUUUGUGACAUGCCACUGUUCAUGCUUAAUGCUGCAUUACUUUCACAUCACUUUCUGAUAGACCAUUGACACAGUACUACCUUAGAUUCACUUACCAAAAACUAGUAGGAUAUAUGAAAACCUUGUAAGCAUAAGAGCUGCCUUCAAGCCUUCUGGAUGUCUAGUCAAGUUAUAUCUCUGCUGUCGUGCAAAGGGUUUUACCGUUGAGGAUUAACUUGUUUACCGUUGAGCAUUAACUUGUUGUAUUUAUAUAAGCUCUGAGCGCCUUUGUCUUCCCCAAAUUCUUUAACAUUACUGGCAUUCUUUGGAUGCUACAGAUGGCUUGAUUCCUUGAUGAAUUUCAAUAUUGUAAAUGUUUGUUCUA